AUGCAGAAUCCAUAUGGGCAAGAGUAGUCAAGAAAAGCUCACCUUCCUCAUUUGCAGAAGAGAAUAUACCCUGGGAUGGUUGAUUAGAGUUUUGACUCAGUUUAAGCAAGUUCAGCUGAUAAAUACUAUGUGUAGGAUGGUUAGAGGUAGCAAUAAUAGCCACAUGGUUACAAUAAUAUGUAUCCUGAUACAUCACAGACUCAAUCACAAUAAAGUAUUGAUUAAAGAGCUAAUAUUGGAGGAGCAGCAGUUGGACAAUAGCAAAACUAGGCAAAUCAGAAGAUACAGGGAGAACAGAUGCCUAGACCUAUAAAGCUUCUUAAUGCAUUUAAUUACAGAUCAGGAGUCGCAGAUAGAUUUCCUACAAAAUCAAAUAACACUCCUCCCUCAGCAGGUAUCCCAUUCCUGCAGAUUGAUGAAGGUCAAGUAGGGCCUAAAUUCAUGAGAGCAACAGCUGUCAAUACUCCAUAAGAGGCAGAUUUCUCAAAAUAAAGCAGUAUUCCACUUGGAUUCAUAGUAUAACCUCUAGCCGAAACAACCUCAGUUGAAUAUGCAAAUUAAGUGCCUGAACUCCCACUAAUUGAUUAUGGCGAAGAGGGUCCUUUUAGAUGCUAUAGAUGCAAAGCUUAUGUAAACCCAAACAUGACUUUCUUAGAUGGAGGCAAUAAAGCAUCAUGUAAUCUUUGCUAAUACAUCAAUGAAGUUCCAGUUAAUUAUCAAUCAUAAUUAAAUGAGUUUGGUUAGAGAAGGGAUAAAUUAUAAAGACCUGAACUCUAAUAUGGAGCAUAUGAGUUUAAAGCACCAAACUCAUAUAUAAACAAUCCAAUCUCAAAUCCAGUUUAUGUUUUCGUCAUUGAUGUAAGCUAAUUCUCAUAGCCUAUUGGUUUUUUCCAUCAGAUAGUUCAAUCAAUAAAGAUGACAUUGGAUUACAUUCAAAACGCAGAAAACGCCAAAAUUUGUUUUAUCACUUACGACAUCAACAUUCAUUUCUACAAUCUACCUUAGGAUCCAAAUGGUGAGCCAAAUAUUUUGUGGGUAGGAGAUAUAGUUGAUCCUUUCAUUCCAUUUCCUAAGGAAAAACUUAUGCUUAGAGUAGUUGAGGAUAGAGUAAAAAUUGAUAUUUUCCUAGAUAAACUAAUUAACAUGCACAACCUAGAGAGUAAGAAAUACUAAUCGCCAUUUUUAUGCACUGGAGCUGCUAUUUCUGCAGCCAAAUAGCUGAUUCAAAUGGAGGGUAAGUUUUUCAGUAUUCAUAGAUUAUUAGGUGGAAGAAUUUUAGUCUUUGCUUCUAAUAUUUGCACAACAGGAUUUGGAUCAGUUAACGCAAGAGAUGAUCCAAAAGCAUACAAUACAGACAAAGAAAAAACUUUGCUCUCUCCAGCGAAUGAUACUUACAUUAAAUUAUCUCAAGAAUGUGUUAAUUCUAGAAUCUGUGUUGACUUGAUUUAUGCAUUAAAAGCAAACACCCCAAUCGAUAUCACUACUGUAGCUCCAAUUGCAACUUUCACUGGUGGUGAUUUACUCUACUACAAUAAUUUUGACAUCAAUAAACACGGUGAAAAACUACAUUAUGAUAUCUUCAGAAUACUCACAAGAACUCAAGGAACAGAGGUAGCAAUCAAGGCAAGAGUUAGUACUGGCUUAACAGUUACUGAGUACUUUGGAGGCUUUGGAGUGAAAGAUUAGGCUGAUUUUGAGCUGUCAGCAAUUGAUUCAGAUAAAUCAAUAGGUUUCCUUAUAAGAAGUGACGAUAAAUUGAAUGAAGAUGCAAUUGCGCAUGUACAAUUUGCAAUAAUGUACUCCACAUAAUUCAGUGAAAGAAGAAUUAGAGUUUUCAAUUACUGUCUCCCAGUAGCUAAGAGCCUUAAUGCUUAUUACAAAGCAGCUGAUUGUGAGACACUUUCAGAGUUUAUGGUGAAAAAGGAAAUUGCAAGAGCAAUGAGUAAAGGGGCAAAGGUUACCAGAGAAAAUAUCAUAAACAAUCUUGUGAACUUGCUUUAUGUUUAUAGGUAAAAGUGUGCUGCUUAGACAUCCCCAUCAUAGUUAGUACUUCCAGAUAAUCUUAAAUUAUUGCCCUUAUACACUCUAUCUGCUUUGAAAUCUCCUGUAAUAUCAACUUUCAUUAACUUCUCUUAGGCUUUAAGGAUGCUUCCAGGUUGCAAAAUUGAUGAGAAAAUUGUCAGUAUUUACAGGCUUCUUAAAAUGCCACCAUCACAGAUGCCUUACUUCUUCUAUCCCAGAGUUUAUAAAAUCACAGACCUUGGAUAGCCAGUACGAAUAUUUAUUCUCAUGACAAUUUAGGAUUCAACACUUGGUCAAUAUGCAGAAGGCCAAGAAGUUAUGCAAAAGCCUUUACUCUGCAUUGCUUCAAUGGAGAAAUUAGGGACAUAAGACGCUUAUUUAAUUGACAAUAGUGAAUAUAUAUACCUCUACAUCGGCAAUAAUGUGGAUGAUAAUUUCAUCUAUAAUGUAAUUUAGUCAUUCUUAAUUUUGAAUUAUUAGGCUUUUGGAUACAGUAACUUCAGUGAUUUGAAAUUCAACGGAGUCACUACAUUUGUUCCAUAUGAAGGUUCAGAUGCCUCAACAACACUCUGGAACUUCAUUGAGUAAAUCAGAUACGAAAAAAUUGGAGUUGCUUAUGCCCCUCUUAGACUUAUUUACGGCGGAGACACCACUAAUGAGAAGGAAUUCGUAGAGACUUGCUUGGUUGAAGACUCAAUGGACAUUAAUAAAGAGUUCCCCUAUACUGAUUUCUUGUGUAUGCUGCAUAAACUUAUCAGAAAUAAGACUCAAUCUUGA